GGCCUGUUCCCUGGCAGGAAGUGUUAUGACUUGCUGCCCAAAGCCUUUGUGCACCAGACAGGAAUGCUGGUGUUCCAGAUUCCCUCCACGCCCUUCGGAGCUGACACGGGCUUCUUUGCUCACCACCGUCUGAGGAACCUCCAGCUCUGCAGGACCAGUGACGCGCUCGCAGCUGCAGGUUGUCUUCAGCGACAUGGCCGGAAAGAUCGCGAAAGAUGAGAUGGAGGAACUCCGUGAGGCCUUCGGGAAAGUGGACCUGAAUGGCGAUGGCUUCGUCUCUGACUAUGAGCUCCACGACCUGUUCAGAGAGGCCAACCUGCCCCUGCCAGGGUACAAAGUGAGAGAGAUCAUCGAGAAGCUGAUGAUCGAGGCGGACCGCGACAAAGACAACAAGAUCAGCUUCGAAGAGUUCGUCUCCAUCUUUCAUGAGCUGAAGAGCAGUGACAUUGCCAAGAGCUUCAGGAAGGCCAUCAACAGGAAGGAGGGCAUCUUGGCCAUCGGGGGCACCUCGGAACUGUCCAGCGAAGGCACACAGCACUCUUUCUCUGAAGAAGAAAGGUUCGCCUUCGUGAACUGGAUCAACUCGGCCCUGGAGAAAGACCCAGACUGCAAGCACGUUCUGCCCAUGAACCCCAAUAACAACUCGCUCUUCAAGGCCGUGGGUGAUGGCAUCGUCCUUUGCAAGAUGAUCAACCUGUCGGUGCCCGACACAAUCGACGAGAGGACCAUCAACAAAAAGAAGUUGACGCCGUUCACGACACAGGAGAACCUCAACCUGGCCUUGAACUCUGCCUCCGCCAUUGGCUGCCAUGUGGUGAACAUUGGAGCGCUCGAUCUGCGGGAGGGCAAGCCACACCUGGUGCUGGGCCUGCUCUGGCAGAUCAUCAAGAUCGGCCUGUUCGCCGAUAUCGAGCUCAGCCGAAACGAAGCACUGGUGGCCCUGCUGAAGGAAGGCGAAACGUUGGAGGACCUGAUGAAGCUGUCCCCCGAGGAGCUGCUUCUCCGCUGGGCCAACUUCCACCUGGAGAAUGCGGGCUGGAGCAAGAUCAACAACUUCAGCUCUGAUAUUAAGGACUCCCGGGCCUAUUUUCACCUCCUGAACCAGAUCGCGCCCAAAGGGACCAAGGAGGAUGUACCUCGCAUCGACAUCAGCAUGGCCGGCUUCAACGAGAAGGAUGACCUGAAGCGAGCGGAGUACAUGCUGCAGGAGGCGGACAGGCUGGGCUGCCGGCAGUUUGUCACCCCGGCCGACGUCGUCAGCGGCAACCCCAAGCUCAACUUGGCCUUUGUGGCCAACCUGUUCAACAAGUACCCCGCACUGGUCAAGCCAGAGAACCAGGAUAUCGACUGGAGGCUGCUGGAAGGUGAGACCAGAGAGGAGAGAACCUUCCGUAACUGGAUGAACUCCUUGGGUGUAAACCCACACGUGAACCACCUCUAUGGUGACCUCCAGGAUGCCCUGGUGAUCUUACAGUUGUAUGAGAAGAUUAAGGUUCCGGUUGACUGGAACAACAAAGUGAACAAACCGCCUUACCCCAAAAUCGGAGCCAAUAUGAAAAAGCUGGAGAACUGCAACUAUGCUGUGGACCUGGGUAAGAAGGAGGCCAAGUUCUCUUUGGUGGGCAUCGGCGGACAGGACCUGAACGAUGGCAACCCCACACUAACCCUGGCUUUGGUGUGGCAGCUGAUGAGAAGGUACACCCUCAAUGUACUAGAAGACCUGGGCCAUGGCGAAAAGGCCAAUGAUGAAAUCAUAGUCAACUGGGUGAAUAAGACUUUAGCGGAGGCUGGAAAGAAGACCAAGAUAGUAAACUUCAAGGACAGAGAGAUCAGCACCAGUCUUCCUGUCGUGGACCUGAUUGACGCCAUCCAGCCAGGCAGCAUCAGUUACGACCUGGUGAAGACGGGCAGCCUCUCUGAAGAGGACAAGCUGGACAAUGCCAAGUACGCCGUCUCCAUGGCCAGGAAGAUCGGUGCCCGUGUCUACGCCCUGCCAGAGGACCUGAUGGAAGUGAAGCCCAAAAUGGUGAUGACUGUCUUCGCCUGUCUGAUGGGCCGGGGCAUGAAGAAGGUGUAAAACAGGGCGGGGUGGAGGUUUGGGGCGGCCCACCCAUGGCAGUCUCCUCCGACCCGGAACCUCUCUCGCAAGCCAUUUGCUGGUUAAAAGGCUUCUGACUUCAAGGAAUCAAUGCAGCCAUAAUUAAGAAGCAUCUUGGUUCUGCUUGGCUGAAAUCAUGACAAAGGCCUGGGAUUGAGGGGUGGGUGUGGGGGGAAGCAUUGGAUUAUAAAGGCCAGACUAUCUCUCUUUUUGCCCCCCAUAUAUGGCGGUUUGACUAGAGAAGGUACACACCAAAAUGCAUUCAUAUCUUGUCCAACGAGACGACUCCGCUUUCAGGUGCCUUGGUGCAAAGGCUCGGGUCUUCUGAGCCUCCUUGUACAUUUUAUUUGCAUAUUUGUUUCCUGGAGGGUUAAAUAAAGCAAGGGUUGUAGUUUUGCUGUAUUUUUUGAGACUUGAGGUUAUUUUAAGAUUGUACAUGGUAGCUGGAGAACAUUGGAACGUGUGAACCAAACUUGCAGUAUUGCUGGAAGCGUCAUGCUCUCUUUCUCUCUCUGUGCUAUAUGUACCAUUACAGUGGAUGUCUUAUAUGAUAUUUGAUGAUACCAAUAUGCAGUUUACCAAAAACUACACAGUACAUACUACCCAGGCGGACUCUGUAAUACAUUCCAUAGCUAUGAACGCAUUUUAGUAUGUGUCCUGCGUGCAUGUAUACUCAAAAUGUGCUUUUUACAUAAUGGAAAAUAAAAAAUGGAAAACUU